GCGACGUGUAUGUUGGCUGUUGGCAGGUGCUCGGUGAGAGGUUGGGUGUCGGCGGGGGACGCCUGCGUGAAAGCGAGUGUAUUUUGUGACUUAGGUGUGUUUGGUCCGACCGGGCUUGUGGACAUCCGCAGGUGCUCUCUGUUAAUGAAGCCGGCCUGUGAGUAACUAAAGCACGAACCGGCUGUGACAUUUGAAGUUCAAUGUCAUAAGGGGUGCUCUGCCAGGAUACCUGCUUGGCAUGGGCAUUCCAUACGCAUAUUGAAGACAUCGCUCUAGGGACCCUGUGUGCUGGCCCACCAAUAACCAUGGCCGGAUACCGGCUUCUGCUGCUGCUGCCACUGCUGCUGCUGGGGCUGCUGCUGACAGCAGCCCUGGCCGGCGCGCCGUCCACAGCGCCCGAGCGAGGCUCAGGGGAGGCUGAGGAGGACCUGCUCUCGUACGACGCCAUCAGUUCGCUACACCUGCAGCUGGACGAUGACGCCGACGGCCAGAUCGACAAGGCCGAAUCGGACGAGUUCCUGCGCGAGGAGCUGAACUACGUCCAGGGCUACGGCAGCCGGCAGGACCUGUUCCACCGGUCCGACCAGAGCCAGGAUACGGCCGUGAGCGUGCGCGAGCUGUGGGAGCACUGGCGCCGCUCGGCCGUCCACAACUGGACCACCGAGCAGACCGUCGAGUGGCUGGUGCUGCACGUGCACCUGCCGCAGUACCGGGAGGUGUUCGAGCUGCACCACAUCGCCGGUCCGUCGCUGCCCAGGCUGGCGGUGAACAACAACCACUUUCUGUCCGGCGUGCUGGGCAUCAAGGAUCCGCGCCACAAGCAGAAGAUCAUGCUGAAGGCCAUGGACGCCGUGCUGUUCGGCCCCCCUAAAGACCCCAGCAACCUGGUGAAGGACGCCAUCCUGCUGACGCUGGUGCUGGUGGCGUCCGUCGGCUGCUGGCUCGUCUACCGGCAGAACCAGAAGUUCCAGCUGCGCAUGCGCAAGAUGACGGCCGACAUGGAGAGCCUGAGCAAGGCUGAGGAGACGCUUCUGGUGGAGCUGGACCGGGCCAACCAGGAGAAGGAGGUGGUCUCCUCCCACAACCGGCGUCUGGAGCAGCGGUUGACCGGUGACGUCAGCGCCGAUGGCGGCCAGUCCGAGCUGGAGCGACUCCGUUCAGAGGUCGAGAUGCUGACGGAGACGCUGCGCAGCACCGAGGCGGAGCUGGAGGACCGGUGCUGGAACUGCCCGCCGGCGCUGCAGCACUGGCUGCAGCUCACGUACGAGCUGGAGCUGCGUGACCAUAGCCGCAAGCGGGCCGACGCCGAGCGACAGCUGGAGGACGCCAAAGUCAUGUGCGACAAGCUGCGCAAGAAGCAGAACAGCCUGUACGGCGCGCUGGUCUCCACACACGGCCGCACCGUCAACGACGUCGACACGAGUAUCGUCCUGGCGCGGAAGGCGCUGAUGGAGGUGACGCAGGAGCUGCAGGAGCGCACCUACCGCUGGCGUCAGAUCGAGCUGAUCUGCGGCUUCCAGGUGGUGCACAACCCGGGCCUGCCGUACCUCGAGUCGCUCACGCGCACUCUGCAGCGCAACACAACGUCCAUACCCCGCACCGCUUCAUCGCUUAGAAAAUCGGACGAUGACCUGGACGAGGAUAGCGUCUCUACACACGGCCAAAGUGCAACCUCGUCCACGGCUGUAAGCGCACUCGCCGAACGAGCCAGCGCCUCGCGGCUGCUGGAGCGCGACUCGAGCCAGUCGUCGUACGACCCGUCGACUCGGCCGCUGGAGCGCGACUCGAGUCAGUCGUCGCACGAGUCAGCCCGGCUGCUGGAGCGGGACUCGAGUCAGUCGUCGCACGGCUCGGCGCCGGACGGCGAGUCGCGGCCGGCCGGCUCCAUCGCCGCCUUCGCCGACAGUCUGCGACCGUCCGCCCUGCACCGCGUCACUGGCGGCCAGCGGUCGCCGGCGCUGCGCCGCGGCAACAUGGUCAAGUCUCACAGCCACGACGCAGCGGUGCCGGCGCCCGCCAAGGAGGCGGAGCUGCAGACGGCCAGUCGGCUGGUGUCGCGCUCCGACUCGGCGCUGGACUCGGCGCCGCCCUCCCAGCUGGGCUCGCGGCUGCGCCAGAUCGCCUCGAACACGCCCACUGUCGACGAGGAGGACGGCACCGACUCCAGCUCUGUCACCGAGGACGGCGACCGCAAGCCAAGCGUGUGA